ACUUGCAAGCAAUCCUGUGGAUAAACGCAGUUCAUGUAUUAGCAUAGAAUGUAAAGCAUGCUUCCCAACAACUUCUCCAUCUUUGUCAACUUAUCCCUUUCUCCAUGUCAUCAUCUUCCUUGCAUUGUAUAAUCGUAGCUUUUCAAUCAUUUCUUAGGCACAAAUAACGUGAGAAGGAGCGACCACAACAUAACACACUGGUUAAAAGAAAAAAGAAACAAUAACAACAACCACUUUUUUUGUGCCCAUAAUUCAUUUUGAUUAAUUAUAAUUUGUAAUUGGGUUGGUUGGUUAUUGUGGGCUGACCAAAGCUUGUUCCCUAACUUUUGAUGGGUGUUUGGGUUUGUUCAUGGGGUCGUUCAAAUUUUUUACCAGAAGAAAGCAAGUUGAUUCUGUAGAAGUUGAAACCAAGGGUCUCCUUGCCAAGGAGUUAACUGUUCCUCAUCUAAUUGCAAUUGGUGUUGGUUCAACAAUUGGUGCUGGAGUGUAUGUUCUUGUUGGAACGGUUGCAAGAGAGGAAGCAGGACCAGCUUUGACAAUUUCAUUUCUGUUGGCGGGAAUAGCAGCUGCUCUUUCAGCAUUUUGUUAUGCAGAACUUGCAAGUCGCUGCCCUUCUGCUGGGAGUGCAUAUCACUAUUCAUACAUAUGCCUUGGAGAAGGUGUUGCUUGGCUAAUAGGCUGGGCAUUAAUACUGGAAUAUACAAUUGGCAGCGCUACUGUUGCACGUGGCAUAACCCCUAAUUUGGCUGCGCUUAUUGGAGGAGCAGACAAGUUGCCCAUCUUUUUAUCACGGCAGCAUAUUCCUGGAAUAGAUAUUAUUGUGGACCCAUGUGCAGCAAUUCUAGUAUUCAUUAUAACCGCACUCUUGUGUAUUGGGAUUAAGGAGAUUGCAGUAGUGCAAGGCACAAUUACAUCAAUCAACGUAUGCGCUUUGCUUUUUGUCGUAACAGCCGGAAGUUACUUGGGUUUUAAGUUUGGAUGGGUUGGAUAUGAUCUUCAUAAUGGGUAUUUUCCUUUUGGGGUUGAUGGAAUGCUUGCUGGUUCUGCAACAGUCUUUUUUGCAUAUAUAGGUUUUGAUGCAAUUGCUAGCACUGCUGAAGAGGUGAAAAAUCCUCAACGAAACUUACCACUUGGUAUCGGUGGAGCCCUGUUUCUAUGUUGUGGACUUUACAUGAUGAUUUCCAUUGUUGUUGUUGGAUUAGUACCUUAUUAUGCAAUUGAUCCAGAUACCCCAAUUUCAUCUGCAUUUGCCAAACAUGGCAUGCACUGGGCAGCAUACAUUAUAAAUGCUGGAGCUUUUACAGCUCUUUGCUCAGCAUUGAUGGGUGGUAUACUUCCUCAGCCACGAAUCUUGAUGGCCAUGGCAAGGGAUGGGUUACUGCCACCAUUUUUUUCUGACAUAAAUAAGCAUACUCAGAUUCCUGUGAAGAGCACAAUAGUUACUGGCCUUGGUGCUGCAAUCCUAGCAUUUUUUAUGGAAGUUUCUGAACUAGCAGGGAUGGCAAGUCAUAUUUGUGUACUGUGCUGCCAAAUUAUGACCAUAUAUAAUUACUUUAUUGUAAUUUUUGAACUUUUAUUUAUUUAUUUAUUUUUAUGUGUAGAUGUAAAUAACGAAAAUAGGCGCAGAGUUGCUGGACGCAUGAUAGCACUUACAUGCUUAGGGGCAUUUGUCCUCACAUAUUCAUCUUCUAAUUUAUCUCUUCAUAGUUUUGUUCGCUUCACAUUGUGUGGAGUUGGAGGCAUUACUCUUUUAUCUACUCUUGCCUUUCUAAGCAGUAUGGAGCAAGAUGAUGCAAGUCAAAAUUUUGGGCAUUCUGGAGGUUUUGUCUGCCCAUUUGUGCCACUAUUACCCAUAGUUAGCAUUCUCAUCAAUUCAUAUUUACUAGUUAAUCUUAGCAUGGGGACGUGGUUGCGCGUUUCUGUAUGGCUAGCAGGAGGAGUGCUAGUUUAUGCAUUUUAUGGCAGAACUCAUAGCUCUUUGAAAGAUGUCAUUUAUGUGCCAGCAAUUCAAGUCGACGAAAUUUAUCGAGCUUCCAAAACUUGUCUUGUUUAAACCUCAAUACGUUAGGCUCUAAGGAAUUUAUGCCACAAAAGCAUCUCUCUACGAUUUGUGCUUAUCACUUGUUUAUUACAAGAAAGAAGGCCAGGCUAUUCCUAUCUGACUUAAAUUUUUAUCUCAACUAUUCUCAUUACUGGUUGUUACAAGUUGAAAGAUGUCAUGUUGAGUGAGUAGUGUAGAGCUAGUUUUGUACCAUGUAAAUAUCUAAAAUUGUAAAUAGAAUUUUCGUUGAGAAACAGUGAGAGUAAAAUAACAGGUCAGAAACUGAUAGCUAUAUUAAAAGUGUAUCUCUAUUGGGAAGGCAAUAUAUGAAGAAGCAUAAUAAAAUAUGGCUACAUAGGAAUGUUAGGAUAACCAAGUUUUGU